AUGACCUCACGCAAGCGAGGGCGAUCCUGUCCGCCGCCAGUCGCAGAUGGCCCUCACCGCAAGAAACAGCGCCUGACGGAGAACGGUCCCGGCCAAACCGUACAUCAUGAUCCACAAGAUCUUCUGUAUCUCAAGACCGACAUCGUCAGAGCUUCGCAAAGGCCACCAAUGAUGAAAACCGGGCUCGCAGCUUUACCGCCAGAACUAAUAAACCAAAUUUACGAUUACUUGCACGCAAGUAGUAGCAUUGGCGAUGGUAGGCCGGAUAGCAGAGUACGGACAGUGGCAGCGAUGCGAGAAGUAUGUUGGAAAACCGGCGACAAUCGAGAAAAGGAUCUCUACAGAACAGUUCACUUCUGGCUUCACCCUCGAAGUAUUGAGAAAUUGGUUUGGAUAUCCUUGAAUUUUGCUGGCCAAGUCAAAGAAUUAGUUUUGGAAGACGUCCUGAUCGAACCAAUCUCUGCCUUGGAGGAACGAUGGAAAAUAGAUCCGCCUCUCACUUGGUAUGACAGGAAGCAAUACUGUACCUGGCGCAAAGUCACUGAUUAUGCUGAUCUCGAGUCGGAUCGCUAUGACAUGUACACCAGCUCAGUCGAAGCCAUUCUGCGGCUCAAAAACCUUGAAACCUUCAAGUAUCACGCAGGAUUCCAGGAAAAGCGUCCAAGCCCACCAACAAGUAAGAUUGAUCUUUACAAGCUACUACAUGUUGACGAUUUCGACGAUGUUGGAAAGCUUUUUGAAUAUCGGCAGCGAAUCUGGGCACAGCGUGGGUCGGGCAUCAUCUUCCGGACUCCGCACGGCAUGGGCACCCGCACGAAAGGUAUUGAUGCCUUCCAUUUCUUCUUCCACUACGCAAGCAAUUAUCUGGACAAGCUUGAAGUCAUGUCAAUCACUACUAAUGACAACGGGAGCCCGCUGAGCCCAAGUUUGAUUUUGUUCGGUAUCGAAGUCUCGCAGAUUUUCGACAGAAUCAAGAUCCUCGAAAUUCUACAUUUUGCACGGGGGACAACGAAUUAUUGGAAUUUCGGUUUCAGUCUCUCCAAUGAUGUUAAAUAUCUCUGUAGGCCUGCCGGUGGAGCUUUCGGACGCGUCCAAGUUUUGAGACUCAAGGGUGCGUCUUUGCACAUAUAUGAGGCAAUACAGCUCCGAGGUUUAGGUUCGAAGAGAGAAAACUGUCUGGCACUUCCAUCCCUGAAGCGCAUGGAGCUGGAGAACGUCAUACUCCGCCCAAGCUCUCUGAAGUGGCUAUACGAUAUGAAAAUCCACGUCUGGAUCCAUAACGCUGUGCACGAAGCCUUCGUCCCGUGGGAAGUGCCGCCUCCCAGAAUAUCGACCAAGGCCAGUGUGCGCCUCACCGGACUGCACAUAGGUAGCUCCAGAGUGCCUUCGCGUGUCGUCAAGCUCCGUGACAAACGCAUCCGCCUGGGUGGUUGGCAAAUCGGUGCGUGGAUCAUCGCCGAAAACAGACAGGAUGCACGAGCGACAUUGGAGUGCCACGCUGCAUCGUUUGGCAUGGCUGGAUCGCUGCACAGCUAUCCUGCAGGAAAGAUUCCCUACCUAAACACCCAUGAGGUAGACCGGCUCAUCCGCCACGAGAAACCGUUCAUUCCCCGUUUCAUCGUGCCUUACAACCUGUACACCUGGCGACCGAGAGAAACUUGCGAUCACAAGCCCCGGAGAGGAAUGGGCCCGAAGCUGAAGGUGCGGGAAAGGUCGCCGCUUAUGAAGGAAUGGCCAACGUAGCAUCGGUAUCCGCUUCAUCCAGACGGGUACCGUGACUGGAGUUGAGGUUGAUCAUCGC